AUGAAAGAUCCAAAUUAUAAAGAUACUAAAGUUUCAUUGUCAAAAUCCAAAGAAUUCUUUAUACAUUAUCAGUUGUUGAUGUGGAAAAAUUUCUUACUUCGUAAACGACGCCCUUGGUUUCUCUUAGCUGAAAUCUUAGUCCCUUUGAUGAUCCCGAUUAUUUUAGUUGGAAUGAGAACUGAAUCACCACCAGUAAAUGAGAACACGUGCCAUGUUCGUUCAGUAAAUCUUCCAACAAUGGGUUUAUUCAGUUAUCUACAGUCCAUUGUUUGUAAUUUCCUUUAUCGUUGUCAUUCUAUAGAUCCUGAUAGCACUUCUCAACAGUAUAAUUAUACUGUGUUUGGUAAUUUACUUGAGAAUAUUUCUAGUAUUGUUGAAGAUUUGUUGACCGAAAAUGUAACAAAAGAUUUUCAACAUUAUAAUAUUUCAAAUUUUUUAAAAUUUAUGAAUAAUUCCAAUAGUCAAUCAUUAAAACAAUUAAAAUUUAUUCUAUUCAAUAUUCAACAAAUUUAUCAAGAUAUUUUCAAUGAAUUAAUUUAUGAGAAUGAUAAUACAAAUGAAAGUAAUAAUCAUCAUCAUAAUGAUAAUAAUCGAUUAAAUGAAUUACAUAAUAAAACAAUCAAUUUUGGUAUAUUUAAUAUAACAAUCAAACAAAUUUAUUGGUUAUCAACUAUAUCCCGAUUUAUAUGCGGUACAAAAACAUCACAUUUAAAUGAUAUUGGCCAAUUAAUGGAAUUCAUUAAAGAUAUUGAUUUUACUAAUUUAUUUGAUAUAGAAAAAAAAUUAACCCGAAUUCAACGUUCAUUACCAUUAAUAACAACAAUGAAUUCUAUGAAUUCUAUCAAUAAUAAUUAUAAAAUUAAUUGUUUUUCAUUACAAAAAUUAUUACAUAAUAAAUUAUUUAUACAAUAUACCGGACGUAUAAGAUUUUUAUUAAAUGGUUAUAUAUUUUAUUAUCCUGUAAAUCAAUGGACAAAUGAAAUCAUGUAUAGAGCAAUGGAACCACAACGUUUAUUAUUAUUCUUUAAAAAUACACUAAAACAAUAUCAAUUACAUACUAAACCAAUUUUAAAUUAUUAUUUAUCCAAUACAUCAUUAUUAAUACAAGUUAGACAUUUAUUAAAUCUUUGUAUAUUACAUUCUAAUACGCAUAAUAAUACAGUAUUACAUAAUACUAUAAGAAAUAUGUGUAUAAAGGGAUUAUAUUGGUUAAGUCCUGAAAUAAACAAUUAUACAAAUCAAACAAAUGAUCUAUUAAAUAAACCAAUUAUUUUUAAUCAAAUUAAUAAUAUCAUUGAUAUUAUGAUACAAUUAUUAGAUUGUUUUCCUUUAGCAACAAAUAUAUACGGUGUAAAUAAUGAGACAAAUUUUAAUUUAUUUAUGGAUUUAUUUAAAUCACAAGUACAUCCAAUUGUUCAAGGUAUUAUAUUUAAUAAUACAAUAUUUUCAUCAAUUAAUCAUAAUAAUUAUACAUUGGAUAUGUUAAAAAAUUCAUCAACUAUAGUAACAAUACGUCAAAGUUCGUAUCUUAUAGAUGAUACAAAUAAUUAUAAAGUAUUAGAUCAUACAUGGCAUCCAGGACCACGUAAUAAUGUAAAUGAUGGUGAUACAAAAUAUUUUACAAGUGGUUUUUUAGAUAUACAAGAUUUAAUUAGUAAUGCAAUUAUAGAAAUAUCUAAUAAUUUACCAGAACGUAUUCAACGUUUAAAUAAUUCAUGGAAUAUAUGGAAUACAUCUUCAUCUUCAUCAUCAUCAUCAUCAUCAUCAUCUUCAUCAUCAUCAUCAUCAUCAUCAUCUUCAUCAUCAUCAUCAUCAUCUUCAUCAUCAUCAUCAUCAUCAUCAUCAAUGGAUUUAUUGAUUGGUAAACAAAUGAAAUUUUUUCCAACAACAUGUUAUAUAAAUGAUAAAUUUUUAUAUAAAAUAACAAAAUUAUUACCACAAUUAUUAAUUCUAACAUGGAUAUUAACAGCAAUGUUAUUAACAAAAUAUAUUGUAGAAGAAAAAGAAUUAUAUAUUAAAGAAUUUACUAAAAUUAUGGGUUUUACUAAUAUUAUACAUUGGUUUAGUUGGUUUAGUAGUACAUUUAUAGUUGUAUUACCUAUUACUAUCAUUAUUACAAUUAUACUAAAAUAUGGUAAUAUUAUUAUAUUAAGUAAUAUAUUUAUUAUAUUUUUAUUAUUUCUAUCUUAUAUUAUAUCAAUUAUUAUGUUUUGUUUUUUAUGUUCAAUAUUUUUUUAUAAAGCUAAUUUAAGUGCUAUUAUAACUGGUUUAUUUUAUUUUAUAUUAUAUAUACCAUUGCCAAUUAUAUUAAUGAAUGAAAAAUGGAUUACAGAAGAAUUAAUUAUAUUUACUUCAUUAUCAAAUCAAGUAGCAUUUUGUUUAGGUUUAUAUUCAAUAUUAAGAUCAGAAUCACAAGGUUUUGGUACACAAUGGAAUAAUAUAUGGCAUAUUAAAUUAAGUGAUUCAUUAUAUUCACCUGGUAAAUGUAUACUGAUGUUAUGGAUUGAUUCUAUAUUAUAUUUAUGUAUAACAUUAUUAAUAGAAUGGAUUAUAUCAAAUAACCAUUAUAUAUAUCAAUUAUUCUAUUCAAGAAUUAAAUAUCAAAACUGGAAAAUAAUCAAAAAGAAUCAUGAAAAGAAUCCUAUCAAUUCAGUGAAUAAUAAUGAUAAUAAUGUUUAUGAAGAAAAUGGGAAAUUUCCAUUAUGUAUAGAAUCGAAUACAGAAUGUUUACCAAUUAGUAUAUCUGUAAAUAAUAUUAGUAAAAUUUAUAUUAAAAAUAAUAAACCAGCAUUAAAUCAAUUAACUAUGGAUUUUUAUACAAAUCAAAUUACAUCAUUAUUAGGACAUAAUGGAUCAGGUAAAUCGACAUUAAUAUCCAUUUUAACUGGUAUACAUAAACCAUCCAAUGGUACAGCAUAUAUUUGUGGUUAUAAUAUAUAUAAUCAAAUGAAUAUAAUACGUACUAAUUUAGGUUAUUGUCCACAACAUAAUAUAUUAUUUGAUUAUUUUACAGUUAUUGAACAUAUAAAAUUUUAUGCUAAAUUAAAAGGUUUUAAUAAUGAACAAAUGAAUAAAGAAAUUCAAUAUUUUAUAAAAUUAUUAAAUUUAAAUAAUAAACUUAAUGAUCAAGUAAAAUAUUUAUCUGGUGGACAAAAACGUAAAUUAUCUAUAGCUAUAGCAUUUAUUGGUCAUUCAUCAAUUAUAUUAUUAGAUGAACCAACUACUGGUAUUGAUCCAUAUUCACGUAGAUCAAUAUGGGAUUUAAUUAUUAAAAUGAAAUUAAAUAAAACAAUUAUUAUAACAACACAUCAUAUGGAUGAAGCAGAUAUUUUAGGUGAUCGUAUAGCUAUUAUAUCACAAGGUCAAUUAAAAUGUUAUGGUUCUAGUUUAUAUUUAAAAUCAAUAUAUAAUCAAGGUUAUUAUUUAAUAUUAGAACGUCAUAAUCAAUCUAUAAAUAAUGAUUCUAUAGAAAGUUAUCAUAAUAAUGAUAUAUUAAUUAAUGAAACUAUUAAUUAUAUAAUUAAUUAUUUAAAACAAUAUAUUAAUGAUAUAAAUUUAAUUGAUUUUAAUCAAAAUGAAUUCAUAUUUCGUAUUCCAAUCCAUAAUGUUAUUGAUAAUUCAUUAAGUCAAUUAUUGAAACAAUUUGAAAAUCAACAAUCUAAUAAUAAUGAUCAAAUGAAAUUACCUAUUGAAUUAAUAACACAUGGUAUAAUUAGUUAUGGAUUAAUGGAUACUUCAUUAGAGGAAAUAUUUCUUAGUAUAGCAGAUGAUCCUGCAAUGUUAUCAAAGAAUUCAAAUAAUCCAUCAUGUGAUAAUAUUACAAUAACUAAUAAUCAAAAUGAUAAUCAAUAUGAAAUCGAUAAAAAUCAAAUCAAUACAUCAAUGAAUCGAAUACAAGAACAACAACAACAGCCAGAAAUGUUAACUGAUACUAAAUUACAUGAAUCUCAUUCAACAGAUAUAGGCCAAAUUUCAUCAUCAUCAUCAUCAUCAACAACAACAUUAUUACGUCAUCUUAAUCGUAAACAUGAUUAUAAAAUAAAUAAACUAAAACAAUCUAAUGAUAUAACAAAUAAUAAAUCAAUAUUAAAUGAAAAUAUCCCAUUGCUACAACCUAAUAUAAAACAACAAAUGAAAGCAAUGUUUAUAAAACGUUUUCAUUAUUUUAAACGAUCUAAAUUAAGUAUAUUUAUUGAAUUUAUAUUACCUAUAUGUGUACUUAUUUUAGCAUUAAAAUCAUCACAAUUUUUUAUUCAAACAACAUCCUAUCAACCAAUGAUUAUAACACCAUGGCUUAUGAUAAAUGAUAAAAAUAAAUUACCAUUAAAUACAUUUUAUGAAAAUAAUUUAUAUGAAUUAAAUGAUCCAAUUGAAAAUGUAAUGAAUCAAUCACAAUUAUUUAAAUCUAUAUUAAAUAUAGGAUGGAAUUAUGAGAAUGCAUUAAAAAAACCAUUAGGAUGGACUGGUCUAGGUUGUUUAUCUAAAGAAACAUUAAAAAAUAUCAAUGGAUAUUAUAAAAUAUAUGAUCAAUGUAAUUUAUCUAAUAUAAAAAUAAUGAAAAAUGAUUUAACUUAUAAUGAAAUGAAAUAUAUACGUUCUAUUCAAUCUAUUGAUUGUUCAUGUAAUUUAUCAUGUUCUAUAAAUAGUUAUACAUCUCCUUAUCAACAACCAAGUUUUAGAAUUUUACCAACUAAAGAUAUUUUCUAUAAUUUAACAUCAUUUAAAGUAUCAAAUUAUUUAAUGAAUACACAACAUCAAUAUAUAAGACAAAGAUAUGGUGGUUUAAGUUAUCAUACAUUAAAUUAUCCAUCAUUUCGUAAAAUUUCUAAAUAUUUAUUAAAUUCAAAUAAUUUAUUAAUAAAUUUAUUAACUAAUACUACUAGUAUCUAUGAUAUACAUAAUAAUUUAACUAAAAAAGAUACUUUUUGGAUUGAUUUAAUAACAUUUUUACGUUUAUCAUUACCAUCUAUAUCAUAUUUACGUAUAUGGUUUAAUAAUAAAGGUUAUGUAUCUGGUCCAGCUUAUUUAAAUUCAUUACAUAAUUUACAAUUAAAUAUGUUAUUAAAUAAUUAUACAAAUUUAACUAAUAUUAUAUUUAUUAAUUAUCCAUUAUCAUUAUCAAAUCAAAAUAUUCAUAGUUUAGGUUUAUCUAAAGAAUUAUUAAUUGAUUUAACAUUAUCAUUAUUUACAUUACUUAGUUUAUCACUUAUACCAGCUAGUUUUAUAUCAUUUUUAGUCAAAGAAAAUAAUAUUGAUUCAAAACAUUUACAAAUUGUAUCUGGUUUAAAACCAAUUAUUUAUUGGUUAACAUCUUAUUUAUGGGAUAUUAUGAAUUAUAUUAUAUGUGGUUUAUUAUGUAUUAUUAUAUUUAUUAUAUUUGAAAAAUUAGCCUAUAUACAUUCAGAUGUCAUAUAUGCAUUUAUUUUAUUAAUUUUAUUAUAUGGUAUAGCUAUUAUACCAAUGUUAUAUAUGACAACAUAUUUUAUUACAUCAUCAAGUACAUCAUUAGUAAUAUUAUCUAUAUUUAAUUUGCUAAUUGGUUCUAUUACAUGUAUGUGUACCCUCAUAUUAGAUGAUUUUUCUAAAAAUAAUCUCUUAUUAGAAAUAAUUAAUAAUAUAUUAAAAUAUAUAUUUACUAUAUUUCCACAAUAUUGUUUAAGUCGUGGUUUAUUUGAUUUAGCUAAACGUUAUUAUAUUAUGAAUACUAUUAAACAAUAUACAACAGAUAUCAAGAAAUCAUCAUCAUCAUCAUCAUCAUUAUCAUGGAUAGAUUAUAAUACAAAUCCAUUUCAUUGGAAUCUACUUGAAAAUAAAUUUUUUAUACAAUCAAUUAAAUAUUAUUUUUAUAUUAAUUAUCCAAAAUUAUUAAUUAAACAUCAUAUGUUAUUAAUGAAAAAACUUAAUCAAAUGAAAUCGAAUCAUAAUGUUAAUGAUAAUGAUCAAAGUAAUCAUAUUAAUCAAUCAAUGAUUGAUAAUAAUGAGGAGGAUAAAGAGAAUAAUUCAGAAGAUGAAGAUGUACAUGCUGAAAGAUUACGUAUUUCAAAGGCUGACAAAGAAGGUUAUAUCAAUUCUCUAUGCUCAGUUGCAGUUAUUAAUUUAACUAAAUUUUUCCCUCGGAAGAAGAAACCAUCUGUUAAUCGUUUAACAUUUGGAGUUCGUCCAGGAGAAUGUUUUGGAUUACUUGGAGUAAAUGGAGCAGGUAAAACUACCACAUUUAAUAUGAUUACUGGUAAACUACAUCCAUCCAUGGGAACUGUAUAUGUCAAUGGAUUCAAUGUAGUUACACAAACUAAGAAUGCAUUGAAAAAUCUAGGAUAUUGUCCACAAUUUGAUGCUGUUCAUGAUCUUUUAACUGGUAGAGAAACACUUACUUUAUAUGCUCGUUUACGUGGUUUUCCUGAAAAACAAAUUUCUACAACUGUCAAUGAAUUAUUACAAAAUAUGGGUUUAUUACCAUAUGCCGAUCGUAUUACAUCAGUUUAUUCAGGUGGUAAUCGUAGAAAAUUAUCAACUGCAAUUGCUAUAAUUGGUAAACCACAAGUUAUAUUACUUGAUGAACCAACUAGUGGAAUGGAUCCAAUUGGUAAACGUUUUAUGUGGGAUCAAAUUAUAUCACUUAUUAAAGAUGGUCGAUCUAUUAUAUUAACAACUCAUAGUAUGGAAGAAUGUGAAGCAUUAUGUCAAUCAAUUGGUAUUAUGAUUAAUGGACAAUUAAAAUGUUUUGGUAGUAUACAACAUUUAAAAAAUCGUUAUGGUAAUGGUUAUCAUGUUGAAAUACGUUUAAAUCACUUAGUAACAAUUGAACAAAUUAAUCAAUUAAAAAUAAAUUUAAUAAAAAAUUUCCUCAUUCAAUAUUAAAUGAAUUACAAUCGCAU